AUGAGGAGUGCAAUGCGGCAAGACGGUGGGCGUCAGGGGAAACAGCCAGAACAACUCACAGAGUCAAGCUCGGGAGACAUUGACGAUGCCUCUGUGCAGCACCAGGCAUACCACGAAACCGCAGACGCCAACAACAGCCUCUGUCCCGAUUAUGCUCUUCAUUGCACCACCGUCCGGAGAUUUCCCAGUCUCAACAGGAGCAUUGACAGGACGGAGCAGUCUAGCAGCACGCUGGCAGAGAAAGAACAGGGAAAUGGCCAUGAUUCAAAAGAUCUAGAGGAGACGUACAGCCUUCACGCUCCCGAUGCUGUCGGCUUCUUCAAUCCUUCUCUUUCUCAGAUUCGAAGUGCUGUGUUCCUGAAGUAUUCAUGGACCCUCGCCCUACUUUGCGUUUUUGUACUUGGAGUCCUUUCCAUAUACUGGGGAGUCCUGUUCAGAGUACGCGAGAAUCUCCGCUCUGCCACCAUCGCCGUGGUUGACUUUGACGCAACUUCACCUCCAUACGAGACCGUCGAGCCGAUUGUCGGACGUUUUGUUCAAGCUGCCAUCAUCCACGAGCGUGCCUCUCAGAGAUAUCCGCUGGGCUACGAGAUCCUGGACCCUAUCACAUUCAGGCACGACCCUGUCGCAGUCCGUUUGGCAGUCCAUGAAGAGAAAUACUGGGGAGCGAUUAUCGUUAACAACAAUGCUACGGCGCUCUUGCGACUCGCGGUGGAAAAUGGAAACGUGUCCUACGACCCGUUUGGUGCAGGACAGAUUGUGGUCAACCAAGCUAGAGAUAUCGAAUCCUACAACCAGUACAUUACCCCCGUGCUGGUUCGACUUGCAUCGGAUAUCAGCUUUGCUUUUGGUCGCGAGUGGACGCGGUCUGUGCUCACAAACGAUACUCUCGCACAGAGCGUCUACAGCAAUGCCCCCCAAGCUUUAUCUCCUGGAAUUGGCUUCAGCAUAUUCAACUUGCGACCUUUCGAUCCUCCAACGGCAAUCCCCGCUGUCAGCAUUGGCCUCAUUUACCUCAUCAUCAUAGCCUUCUUCUCGUUCGGCUUCUUCGUGCCCAUGCACAUGAGAUUUGUUCAGCAGGAUCCCUCCAAUCCCCAUCCACCGCUGAAGUUCACUCAUUUGAUCGUCUGGCGCUACAUCUCUACAAUCAUUGCCUACUUCCUCCUCUCGUUCUGCUAUAGUCUUGUGAGCCUGGCAUUUCAAAUCCCGUUUUCGCGGAGGCCGCCACAUGGUCACAGCGACUGGCUCCAGACCGACGUGGCGAACAACGCAGAUCAUUUCGGGCACGCCACUUUCGUCGUUUAUUGGAUGUUGAAUUGGUUAGGCAUGUCUGCUUUGGGUCUGGCUUGCGAGAACGUUGCGAUGGUAGUUGGUCAACCGUGGACAGCUCUGUCGCUGAUAUUCUGGGUCAUCACCAACGUAUCAACAGGGUUUUACGCAUUGGAACUGGCACCGGGGUUCUUCAAAUGGGGAUAUGCAUGGCCAUUGAGGCAGGUCGUAUAUGCGAGUCGGACGCUGUUGUUCGACACCCGCGAUCGACUUGGGUUGAACUUUGGUAUUCUGGCUGCCUGGGUUGGUAUUGGGACAGUCCUGUUUCCAAUUUGCUGUUGGAUUAUGAGAUGGAAAAGCAUGAAGGCCAAAAGGAAUCUGGGUUGA